GUCAUUGAUACGCGCCGUAGGAAACCUCACCAGCCGCAUGGCUGCUGGUUCCUCCGAGGCUUCGCUGCCCAAGGGGCCCUCGGAAGGACGGGUGGUGGGACCGGCCGGCCCCCUGCCUUGCUUGGAGCUGCCGACCUAUGCAGCUGCUUGUGCGCUGGUGAACAGCCGUUACUCCUGCCUUGUGGCUGGGCCCCACCGAAGACACAUCGCCCUGUCGCCCCGCUACCUCAACCGGAAACGCACCGGUAUCCGAGAGCAGCUGGAUGCCGAACUCCUGCGCUAUUCCGAGAGCCUUUUAGGUGUCCCUAUUGCAUAUGAUAACAUCAAAGUUGUGGGUGAACUAGGAGAUAUUUAUGAUGAUCAAGGACACAUUCAUCUUAACAUUGAAGCAGAUUUUGUUAUUUUCUGCCCUGAACCAGGGCAAAAGCUUAUGGGUAUAGUUAAUAAAGUGUCUUCUAGCCACAUUGGCUGUCUAGUACAUGGAUGUUUUAAUGCCUCCAUUCCUAAGCCCGAGCAAAUGUCAGUUGAGCAGUGGAACACUGUGGAGGUAAACGUGGGUGAUGAACUAGAAUUUGAAGUAUUUCGUCUAGAUUCCGAUGCUGCUGGAGUAUUCUGCAUUCGAGGAAAACUAAACAUCUCUAGUUUACAAUCCAAGUGCUUUGAAAUUUCUGAAGAAGUAACAGAAACUGUCACAGAGGAAGCUGUUGAAAAAAUUGCGAAGAAGAAAAAGAAAAAGAAGAAAGCCCCAGAAAUAGAUGACUUGGAUGUCAGUGUCACAGAGCUAGCAGAUUUAGUAGAUAUGACUCCAAAGGAAGAAGACGACCUGCAGAUUAGUAAUAAUGUGAAUGACCCUUGGGAAGAAGGGCCAAAGAAGAAGAAGAAAAAGAAGAAAAAGGACCAGGAGUAUCAGGAUCAGGACCCUGUUUUCCAAGGCAGUGACUCCAGUGGUUACCAAAGUGACCAUAAAAAGAAAAAAAAGAAAAGAAAACACAGUGAAGAGGUUGAACUUACCCCAGUUCUGGAAUGCUCACCUAAGAAGAAGAAAAAAAAAUAUAACCCAGCACCUUUGCACUGAGCUGUAUCUCCUC